CACGUUUGCCUGUGGUCUCUGGUAUUCAUAAAUUAAUGCGGAGUCACAGUAUUCAGUGAGUCCGCAUUGGAUCCUCUGAAGCGCCUUUAUGCCCCAGUCAGCCAUCGCCGCCGCCUUCACGAUCACCGUGUCCCUCGCCGACGUCGUCGCUUCCACCGUUGUAGCCUAGAACCGCUAUGACAAGCCAAGAUUCACAGGGUUUUACAUGGCACUACACGGAGCUGGAUGACCGAAACCUCGAAAUCCGAGGCCGAACAUUUUUCUUUGUGGUCGUCCUGUUCUCCAUUAUCCUUAUCAUGACCCUUCUUUUCCUUUAUGCUCGCUGGAUCUGGAGGUACCGGGGCCAACAUUCCACCACCUACCAUUCCAAUGGAGCGCGCCUAGCGCCGCCGGCCCCUCCGGCACAGGGCCUCGACCCCGCUUCGAUCAAGGAACUGCCUAUAAUUUUGCACCAAAGAACUUCGGAGGCCAACAGUAAAUUGGAGGAAACAGAGUGCUGUAUUUGCCUCGGUACGUUCAAAGACGGGGAGAAAUUGAAGGUUUUGCCCGGCUGUGACCAUAGCUUCCAUUGUGAGUGUGUUGAUAAGUGGCUUUCCAAUCACUCUAGUUGUCCUCUCUGCAGAUCUUCUCUCAAGGUUCAUCUUUCCCUUCCCAAGAUUUUGAUUCAAGAACCACCCAAUCGAAUCAAUCUUCCCUUGUAGCUUUCUUUUAUUUCUAGUAUGAAUCUCUAACUCGGCGGCUAUUUAUAAUUGAGCCGUGAACACAUAACAAGUAAUUGUAAAUUAAACUUUCUUUUUAAUUUAGACUUGAACUGGUGAUUGCAAAUGGAAAAAAGAUAAUUAGGAAAGUGGACUUGUUGGUGGGAAUAUUUAAUUCGAGUUCUUCGGUGGUUCUUAAGUUAGAUAGCAGUUCCAAAGACAUGCUAGUUAGGGACGCCACUUGUGCGAUCAAAGUCCUGAAAGAAGGUGGUGUUUUGAGUCAGCUUAUGGGCUGGGUGUGUGAGUCCUAGAGGAAAAUGAUCCAGCUUGGUGGUUCGUUGGGCAAAAUGGAAGUGAGAAGUUAUUAAAAAUUGGCACCCCAAUAUCUGAGUAGAUGAUUCUGUUCUGCGGUGAGUGCUGAUCUAUGUGUGCUUUGCAUCGGCUGGUGAGUUAGGAAGAUGCUUUGUUUGCUGUUAAAGGGUGGGUUGUCGCAUGACAUGGAAAGCUACAUGCGUCCAGCCCCACCUUUUGUAUGUUAAGUUGGGCGUUGCUUCCUUGCAGCUUGUACCACCGUGUCUUAGAGAUGAAGUUAGUCGAGUAGAAGCAGUAGGGGUAACAGGAUAAGAAUAAGAUCACGCGCUUCUGGAAUUUGGAGGUGGGUUGCUCUUUCUUGCUGUGAUCAACAAUGCAGGAGCAAUCAAUCAAUCAAUGCUGAUAUUUAAGGACACCUGGUGGGUCACUUAAUGAUGGAUGGGUUAGUGGCACGCUCGGCUUAUCCACUCCGCCUGUGUCUUCAAGAAUGUUUACCCCCUAUCGCGAGCGCGUUGAGCCCAAUACACACGACAGUGACGGACUGAACAUUAGUGAAGUUGGGCUCAUUGCAAUCAAACACAAUUGAUGUGCUGAAUAAGAAUGCCUUCGAAUAAGACUGUCUCUGAUAAAUAAAUAUAUAUAUAUAUAUAUAUAUAUAUAUGAGCUGUUAAAUUUAGUGACCCACAAAUGAAAAUGCAUAACACACGUCAUUUGUAUAUUCGUUCAAUUUCAUGCAAUGGUGGCCAACACAGACUUUCUCUUCUUUAAACUGAAAAAAGACCUGUCCCUUUUUUUUUUUAUUUUGAGGAAGAAAGUAGCAGUGCUUGUUCCAAUAAGGUAGACGUGUUAUUUUAUGCAGUUGCACUGAGGUUGAAUAAUAAAUUUAGUCAUGAAUUAUGAACAAUGACAUUUGUUAUAAAA